AUGGCUCAAUCAUAUUUCGAAAGCAAUAUUGCCACCACCGCCCUGAAGGAUCAACUCAGAGCGGUGCAAGCUAAGAACGCCCCUAAGAAGCCCGAAUGGGCCAGUUCUCACCAAAAUGAGCAGCCAGUGUCGACCAAAGAACCUCGACCGCUGCGCCUCGUCGAGAAGUACAACAAAGACAAAGCUAACUCUUCGACCAAUCAGAAGACCCCGGAUUCCCAUAACACAAGCGCUCAGACGGCCGAUAUCUCCGCCGAAACCCCAUCCUGCAGCGGCGCUAUCCAGGGCGACUUGCCGAUCCAGAUGGUUGACGCCGAGAAUGGACAACAGCUCCCGGCGCAUUCUCGUCGACAGAACUCAGAGCACCUCUAUGUCCACGAGGAAGCGAGUACUGAUCAUGUAACUGACCAAGGUAGGCAGCUAACCGACAAUGAAGAACUGCCGCCAAUCAAGACAUUCUGGGAGAAGGUCGAGUCUGCGCUGUACCUCUACCAGUUGCGAACCCAUGGUGACAAUGAGGAGCACCCCUUCUACCGUGCUAGGGCCAAGGCUUUCUCCAUGCAUAAAGCAGUUGGCAUCUUUGCAGGGUUUUCAGCGAGUCUGUUCUUUUCAGUCGGGAUAUAUCUCGCCAGAGAUAACAUUCAACCUCCCCUGAAUCUCCCCUUUAUGUUCACCUGGAUCGCUUUCAGCGGUAUAGUAGUCCUCUGGGCCAUGGUGGCUAUCAUUCUGAUCCAAUGGUCUAAAAGAGGACUCAAGCACGAUUUGGAGGUUGCCAGAAUGAGAGACGCUUUCAAUGCCACCACUGUUGGGGAUGCUGCUUCAGAGGGAUGUUUCGUGAAUGGUGUGCGUUACGAGGGCGAGCAGCGUCCCAAGCCGGACUCCAUCACAAAUGAAGCUAUCCAGCGAGCAAAUGGUCGAGAAGCCCCGGAGGUUUCUGAUUCUAGUACGCACUCAAGUCUUGACGUCAUCCGUGAGUCGAAAGGAAACUGGGCUGACAGCACAAAGGAGGAGUUAUCGAAGUUGCCUGGAACACCAGAGUAA